GUCAGGCAGUGAGUCCUGAUUGCUGCAUCGCCGCUCAGCACCUAGUGAAACUGAUGUACACUGGCACCCGGGAGACUGGCAUCCAACAACCUCUCAGUGGACCAUUAAACAGGAAGAGAGGAGAGACCGGCUCAUUCACACAGCGUAAGACUGGCAAAGUCCUUGGGAUUGCGACAAGAAAACCCCUACCUCUAUAUAAAGAGAACACCGGUACAAAAAGAGCAUCACAAACUGUACAGUACACUAAAAAUAGACCGUUUUGUUUGGUAGGUGUGGAAAGAUUCGAAGGGAAAAAAAACAGCUGAAUUCGGGAUAUUUCACUUCUUCAUAUAGAACGAAGACUGUUCAUCAUAUUGUCUGUUCCAGUGACUUUCUUUCAUAAAAAUCAAAGCUUCGUUUAAAGGAGGUACUGCUGGGCGUGAGGAUGAACGGCAGCCAAUCAAACCUGUCUCUGAAGUGUGUGCGUGACACCAGCGUGACGGCGGUGGUCUUCCCCUGUCUCUACAGCGCCCUCUUCCUGUUUGCGCUGGUACUCAACUGCCUGGCUGCAUGGAUCUUCUUCAACAUCCGCAGCACCACCACCUUCGUGGUCUACCUGAAGAACGUAGUGGUCGCAGACCUGCUGAUGACCCUGUCCAUCCCGGUGAAGGUCCUCACGGACACCGACGUAGGCUCCUGGCGUCUGCGUGCGUUCUACUGUCGCUACUCCGCCGUCCUCUUCUACACCACCAUGUACAUCAGCAUCCUGCUCCUGGGGCUCAUCAGCCUGGACCGCUACCUCAAGAUAGUCAGGCCCUUUGGGAAAUGUGUCCUCCAGAGGGUCGGAGUGGGACAGGCCUUGAGUGUGGCCGUCUGGGCUGUGAUGGUGUCUCUGGCUCUGCCCAAUACCAUUCUGAGUGACCGUACACCGUCGCUUUCUCCUGGUCGGCUGAAGUGUGCCUCUCUAAAGGGUCAGGCCGGUCUGCUGUGGCACGAGGGCUUCAACUACUUCUGCCAGGUGGUGUUUUGGGGAACACUGGCUCUGAUGCUGUUGUGUUACACCUUCAUCAGUCGUAAAGUCUACGAGUCCUACAAAGCCUCGCGUAGUGGUUCCAACGCGGCCAGCCGCAAGACCAAGGCCAAAGUCUUUGUGGUGGUGGUGGUGUUUUUCGUUUGUUUCGCCCCUUUUCAUUUCGCCAGAGUGCCCUACACUCUUACCCAGACCCGAAAAACAGCCAACCACUGCUGGGCGCAGAACGCGCUCUACGUUGCCAAGGAGACCACUCUCUGGCUCUGUGCCACUAACGUGUGUCUGGACCCGCUGAUCUAUGUGUUCCUGUGCAGGGUGUUCCGGAAAAGAUUGACAGACGUGCUCAAUCGCAAGCCCCACCCCCAGGGUGCUUUGGAGUCGCCCACGGCAACCUCUACACAUUUGGAGAUGUCACAGAUGGUGAAUAACAGAAUGCUGGAUGUCAGCUUGGCCUAGAAGCACAACAAUGUACAUUUAUUUUGUAGUUUAUUUUCCUCCAGCCUGUUGAAUUGUAGAUCUAACUUGGCCUGAUGUUAACCCCUGGACAGAUUGUGACCAGAGUAAAGCCUUCAAAACAUCUUUGGAUAAGUGGCUCUUUUGACUAAGACAAUGUUGCAGGUCUAAUAGGCUAUAAACAGCAGUGUUCCCACAUCACCUCUGUGAUAGCCCAUUGUGUUGAAGAGCAUUCUGAAACAAAAUGGCUGGUGUGACAUUAGAUAACCAAACUGCCUCGGGAGUUUUUCCAAAUAUCAUGUUAAAAAAAUCAUCCACAAGAGACAAUCCAGGCGAAUGUGUCCGUCAAGUCAUUGUCUUUUUCCUCGGCGUAGCUUACUGUCGAGCUCUCACUUCCCUUUCUCUAAUCUUCUCCAAACUGUACCUUCCUUCUUCAUUCAUUUCACCAGAAAGGAAAACAAAUUAACUGAGCGCUUUUAGAUAAAGUGAGAGAGACAAUUACAUGCAUGAAAAA